AUGUCAAACCAAUACACUGUGCUUCCACAAGUUCCUUAUUACACCCCAGUUCAACCACAACCAUUUAUUCAACCACCACCAUUAAUCCAACCACAACCAUUUAUUCAACCACAACCAUUAGUUCAAUCUAUCCCUGAGCAACAACCAAAGAAAGAAAAUAACGAUUGUCAAGGGGCAACUAUUCUUUUUAUCUUAGGGUUCUUUAUUUGUUUAACUUGGAUAGCUUGUUAUUGCAUUUAUAAAAAUUCAUCUGAUUCACUUGCUAAAGUAUUUGCUAGAAUUUCUUUAGUUUUUUCCAUUCUCUAUGUCUUAUUUGUUUGUGGUUUCAUUGGCAUUUAUAUUGUACUGGUCGUCUCUAUCUUUUCUACUAUACCACAAAUGCCAUAA